AUGGCGCCACUCGAUAAGAAGAGAAAGACUGGUCCUACCAAUGAUUCAUUCAUGCGAUCUAAGAAAAUCUCAGAAUCUGAUGAUCGACCUUCGAAACGACCCAGGGCAGAAGAGAAAGAGGGGAAAAGCACAUCGACCACAAAAUUACCACCAGCGACGAAAAUUUCAAGAGUCAGGGAGGAGGAAGUGGCUUUCCCAAGAGGUGGCGCAAGUGUAUUAACUCCAUUGGAACAUAAACAAAUCCAGAUUGAUGCCACCAGAGAUGUUCUAUUUGAACAAUAUGGUGCUAAAUCUUCCAAGCCUGAAGGCGAAGAUCAAGAAGGAGGAGAUGCUACAAAAGUAAGGAAGAAGGGAAAGGGUAAAGGCAAGGGCAAGAAGACAACUCAUGAUAGCGAAGUUGAGGAAGAGACUGUCAAAAUUGAAGGAUUGAGCUAUAAGAGACUAGUAUCGGGCUCUUUAGUUCUUGGCCAGGUGUCCCAGAUCAAUGCUACAGACAUUGCUAUAUCACUGCCAAAUAACCUGACGGGCUAUGUACCCAUUACUUCGAUCUCGGACAAAGUGACAGAACGGAUUGAGGCGAUUGCGGCCGCUGAGGAAGAUGAUGCAGAUGACGAACUUGAGGUGGAGGAUAUUGACUUGAAGAAAAUCUUUUCUAUGGGGCAAUACCUAAGGGCAUAUGUUGUUUCUACCAGCGACGAUACAAAUACAGCCACACUAGGAAAAGGAAAACGAAGAAUCGAAUUAUCCCUUCGACCACAACAUGCCAAUCAUGGCGUCACUCCACAAAAUCUCAUCGCCAAUACCACUUUGAUGGCAUCUGUCACAAGUGUCGAAGAUCACGGUUUAAUUAUGAACAUUGGACUUGAAGAUUCUGGUAUUCGUGGUUUCAUGGGCGCAAAAGAUAUUGGCUACGAAGUAGUAUUGGCCGAUGUUCAAGAAGGCGCAGUGUUUUUGUGCAUGGUCACCGGUCUGAGUUCUAACGGGAAGACUGUCAAACUAUGCGCAGACACUCAGAAGAUCGGCAAUGUGAAAAAAUCGAACUAUCUCACAGAUGCUCCAACGGUUGAUGCGUUCCUCCCAGGAACUGCGGUCGAGACCUUGAUUGUUGAUGUCAGCUCCAGGGGUCUUACUGGAAAGGUCAUGGGUAUGGCUGAUGUUACUGCAGAUUUGAUGCAUUCUGGAACUAGUGUUAUGAACCAGGAGCUGGAAAAGAAAUUCAAGAUUGGUGCCAAGGUUAGGGGUAGAGUUAUUUGCACCUUUCCAAAUUCGGAUCCUCAAAAACUUGGCAUCUCCCUCCUUGACCAUGUUACGUCGUUGUCGCAACAGCAAGCGGGGAAGCCCGGAAACAAAGUGAAUCCACUUGACACCCUACCUUUGUCUACCAUCGUCGAAGAAGUCACAAUCAAGAAAGUCGAGUCUGGAGUCGGUCUUUUUGUCGAUGUGGGAGUCAAAGGGAUUCCUGGAUUCGUCCACAUAUCUAGAGUCAAGGACGGAAAGAUAGAGACAUUGGAAGAAACAACAGGGCCAUAUAAGGUAGGCUCGGUCCACCGUGGUCGUGUCCUUGGUUACAAUUCUCUUGAUGGUGUAUACCUCAUUUCUUUGGAGAAAAGUGUUCUGGAACAGCCUUACUUGCGAAUUGAAGAUUUGAAGAUUGGAGAGGUCGUAAAGGGAAAGGUUGAAAAGCUAAUUGUCAAUGACAAAGGUGUUGGCGGACUACUGGUUAAUUUGGCCGAAAACAUUUCUGGACUUGUUCCAGAAACUCACCUUGCAGAUAUACAAUUGCUUCACCCCGAAAAGAAGUUUAAAGAAGGAAUGGCCGUCACAGCACGUGUUCUCUCUACAGAUCCUGGAAAACGGCAAAUUCGAUUAACCCUCAAGAAGACACUUGUCAAUUCCGAGUCACCUGCUUUGAUCUCGUAUGAUGACAUAACUGUUGGGAUGCAAAGUCCUGGUACUAUUGUGAACAUUUUGAAGACUGGUGCGGUAGUUCAGUUUUACGGCACUGUUCGAGGGUUUUUGCCAGUCUCAGAAAUGAGCGAGGCCUACAUACAGGACCCUAACCAACAUUUCAAAAUUGGACAAGUCGUCAACGUUCAUGUUUUGAAGGUCGAUCCCGAGGCCAAGAAAUUAACUGUUUCUUGCAAAGAUCCUUCCGUCUUUGGACUGGCACAGCAGAACGCGUUGAAGAAUCUCAAAAUUGGCGAGAUUGUGUCCGCUCUCGUUAUAGAAAAGUCGAACGACGACAUUUCUGUCGAGAUCCAAGGACUAGGCUUGAAAGCAAUACUACCUGUCGGUCAGCUUACUGAUGGAUCUGAGAACAAAAGCCGUUCUUCGUUCAAGAAUAUUCGUGUUGGUCAAGUAUUGUCAGAUCUUGCUGUACUGGACAAGCUUGAGCAAAAGCGUUUGAUCGUCUUAACGAAUAAACCUGCACUUGUCAAGGCCGCUCAGAAUAAGACUUUACUGAGAAUGUUCGAUGACGUCAAAGAGAAGAAGACUGUACAUGGAUUCGUUAAAAACAUAACAUUGACAGCAGUCUUUGUGCAAUUUGGAGGCAGUCUUACGGGGCUUCUGCCUAAGAAUAAGAUACCUGAGAAGAACCUUCGUUUACCAGACUUUGGAUUUAAAAAGUACCAAACAGUAGAGGUCAAGGUUCUCACUGUCGACCAUGGACAACGAAGAUUUCUUUUAUCUAUGGCUGAUGCUACUUCCGACAAAAAGUCGAAUGAGCCUUUAGCCCCUGGUACCAAUUUGGAAGCUGUAAACCCUAUCGAUGAAACUAUCAAGAGUAUUGACGACAUUACACUUGGUCGCCUUACGAAGGCAAGGGUGUCGUCUGUUAAGGAUACCCAAGUAAAUGUGCAACUUGCCGAUAACAUCCAGGGCCGAAUUGAUGUGUCACAAGCCUUUGACUCUUGGUCGGAGAUAAAAUCCAAAAAGCAGCCUCUCAAAUCAUUCUCGCCGAAGCAAAUUGUCGACGUUCGUGUCUUAGGAAUACACGAUGCGCGUAACCAUCGCUUCCUGCCUAUCAGUCACAGAUCUGGCAAGACUUUAGUCUUUGAACUGUCCGCUAAGCCUAGUGAUCAAACUGAGUCUGCACAAGACCCUGUAUCUUUGGACAAAAUUGAGGUUGGCUCUUCUUGGUUAGCAUUCGUUAAUAACGUUGGAGCUGAUUGCCUCUGGGUAAAUCUAUCUCCCAAUGUGCGUGGCCGAAUCAACGCUCUAGAUGUAUCAGAUGAUGUAUCAUUACUCAAGGACCUAGCAGCAAACUUUCCCGUUGGAUCUGCCAUUCGAGUUCACGUCAAGGGCGUUGAUGUUGAAACAAACCGUCUAGAUUUGUCUGCCCGCUCUAGUCAAGAUUCUGAAGCACUUACUUUUGAUAAGCUAAGCCAAGGCAUGAUCGUACCAGGAAAAGUAACCAGAGUCAAUGAAAGACAGGUCAUGAUACAGCUUACUGAUAGCAUCUCUGCGCCAAUAAACCUUACAGACCUUUGCGACGACUAUUCAGAAGCUGAUCCUUCCAAAUACUCUAAGAAUGAUAUUGUUCGUGUCUGCGUUACUGAUAUCGAUGUUCCAAACAAACGCGUUCGAUUAUCGACUAGAGCAUCCAGAGUGAUGAGCUCAUCAGCAGCAGUUCAAGAUCCAGAAAUCACAUCCAUUUCACAACUGAAAGUCAACGACAUCGUGCGUGGAUUUGUCAAACACGUUGCUGACAAGGGGCUGUUUGUCAACUUGGGGGGUAAUGUGACAGCGUAUGUUCGAAUUUCAGACCUUUCGGACUCUUAUAUCAAAGACUGGAAAUCCGAAUUCCAGGUCGACCAACUAGUCAAAGGCAAAGUCACAGUUGUAGACGAAGUUUUGAACCAUGUUCAAUUGAGUCUCAAGCCUUCUGUUAUCGACAAAGAUUACGUUGCGCCUUUGACCUUCAACGAUAUCCAAGUGAACCAAGUUGUUACCGGAAAAAUCCGUAAAGUCGAGGAUUUCGGUGUCUUUAUUGUUGUUGAUGGCUCUGCGAAUGUGAGCGGCCUUUGUCACCAAAGUGAAAUGGCCGAAAAGCGUGUCCACGACGUCAAAAAAUUGUACUCUGAAGGUGAUGCGGUCAAAGCUAUCGUAUUGAAGAUGGACACCGAGAAGAAACGCAUUAGUUUCUCUAUGAAAGCUUCACACUUUGAGGACGGAAACGAGUCUGACGAUGAGAGUGAUGAUGAUGGUGUGGAUGGCGUCAAGCUUGACAGUAUGGACAUCGAUGAUGAUGAUGAUGACGAUGACAGUGAAGGCGGUAUUGACCUUGAUGAUGUGCAAGACCUUGAAAGUGCCGCAGAGGACGGAGACGAAGCAUCGGAUUCUGACGAGGAAAUGCCUGAUGCUGAAGGCGAUGUCCCAGCUCUUAGCGCCGGCGGAUUUGAUUGGUCUGCUGACCUCCUGGACCAAGCUGAUGGCCAGUCCAAUGCAGAUUCCGAUGACGAAGCCGCCGAAGAGAAACCUAAAAAGAAGAAGAGAAAGGCGGAAAUUAAGGUUGAUAGAACAGGUGACCUUGAUGCCAAUGGACCGCAAUCUGUCAGUGACUUCGAGCGCCUCCUUUUGGGUCAGCCAGACUCUUCCAGUCUCUGGACCCAGUAUAUGGCUUUCCAGAUGCAACUCAGCGAGCUAGGCAAGGCCAGAGAGAUCGCUGAGCGUGCCAUCAAAACUAUCAACAUGCGAGAGGAAACUGAGAAGCUUAAUAUCUGGCUCGCUCUUCUCAAUUUGGAGAUUGCAUAUGGAAGUGAUGAAACUGUCGAAGCUGUGUUUAAGCGAGCUUGCCAGUACAACGAUGCUCAAGAGGUUCACGAGAGACUAGCUAGUAUCUAUAUUCAAUCUGGCAAAAACAAGAAAGCCGAUGAACUUUUCCAAGCUCUCACUAAGAAAUUCUCACAAUCUCCCACCGUUUGGGUCAAUUAUGCACACUUUCUUUUCAAUACUCUCGGGGCCCCUGAUCGUGGUCGUGCUCUCCUUCCACGUGCAACUCAAUCUCUUCCUCCACACACCCAUCUUCCCUUGACGCUCAAAUUUGCAGCUCUAGAGUUCCGCUCUGAGCAUGGCUCUCCAGAACGUGGGCGCACAAUUUUCGAGGGUGUUUUGGCAAAAUGGAGUAAGCGAUUGGAUAUUUGGGGCCAGCUUUUGGAUCUAGAAAUUAAGGCAGGUGAUAAGAGCAUUGUUAGGGGUGUGUUUGAACGAGUAGCUCGAAUCAAGGGAUUGAAACCCAAGGGCGCGAUGGGGUGGUUCAAAAGAUGGACCGAGUGGGAGGAGGCUAAUGGUGACAAAAAGUCACAAGAGAAAGUAAGAGCGAUCGCUGAGGAGUGGGUAAGAAAUAGAUCUGGAAAGAAGGAUGAUGAGGAGUGA